GGGGAACCUCUGAAAAUGGGGGUUGAGGAGGCUUGAUAUGCUCUCUCCCACCAUGUCUUGAAGCAUAUCAAGAAAACGACCUCAUGCAUAAACAUUGCUCAGGAAGGUCAAAUUGUGGCGAGUUCCCCACACAGUACGUGCUGAUAUACAGGCAUUCCUCACCAACUGCGGAUUUGGGAAAUUGUGAAUGGGAAACUGUGGCAGGUCUCACCAACCACAACCUGAGUAUCCAGUUCGUUCAAGGAGAUAUACUGGAUGACUAUGUAAGGACAGAUGGUGCUUGGAUCUUCAGUGACAAAAAAGAGCUCUAUAGAACUCUUGGUAAAGAAGAAUGUGCUGAGAAAUGUGAUACUGAAACAAAAUUUACUUGCAGGGCUUUUUUAUUUACCAAUAAAGAGCAACUAUGCAUCACGUUGGCCAACAACACCAAAACAAUAUCUGUGUUCCGAAGAGCAGGUGCAAUUCUCUAUGAAAAAAGAAUUUAUCUGCUUGAGUGCAGAAGAGGAGAUGGACGUGACUACAGAGGAACUGAAGCUAAAACACAGAAAGGUGUACCCUGUCAGAAAUGGGCAGCCAGCAGCCCUCAUAAACCCAAUUAUACACCUAGUUUAUACCCUGACAAAGGAUUAGAAGAAAACUACUGCAGGAAUCCUGAUGAUGACCAGAGAGGUCCCUGGUGCUACACGACAGAUCCUGACACCAGAUUUGAUUUUUGCAACAUCCCCGAAUGUGAAGAACAGUGCAUGCACUGCAGCGGAGAAAACUAUGACGGCACUGUUGCUCAAACAGAAUCUGGGCUACAGUGCCAGGCCUGGGCUUCUCAAGAACCUCAUGCUCAUGGAUACAUUCCUUCAAGUUUCCCAGAAAAGAAUCUGAAGAUGAAUUACUGCCGUAAUCCUGAUGGUGAGCCUCGACCUUGGUGUUUCACUGUCAGCCGAACUAAACGCUGGGAAUUUUGUAACAUUUCACGAUGCUCUACACCUCCCCCUGCCCCUAGCCCGGGUCAUCAGUGUCUUGUAAGAGAUGGACAGGAUUAUCGAGGCAACAUUGCUGUCACAGAAUCAGGACUCACGUGUCAAUCCUGGGGUGCUCAAACACCCCAUAAUCAUGCUAGAACUCCAGAGAACUACCCUUGCAAGGCUUUAGAUCGAAACUAUUGUAGAAACCCUGAUGGAGAGACUGCACCUUGGUGCUACACCACUGAUCCUAAUAAACGAUGGGAAUACUGCUCUAUUCCUAAAUGUGUUGAUACAUCAGCCACUACCGAUAUGCCUCCUCUUAUUUCUACGCGAACUCAGUUUGUUGAAGACUGCUAUGAAGGCAAUGGCACAACUUACCGGGGAACAAUGGCAUUUACCGUCUCAGGAAAGAAAUGCCAACCAUGGAGUUCUAUGACACCACAUCGUCACGCAAAGACCCCAUCUGAAUUCCCAAAUGCGGACCUGAGGAGGAACUACUGCAGAAACCCAGACGGAGAUAACGCCCCCUGGUGUUAUACUACUGAUCCCAGUACAAGAUGGGAGUUCUGCCGUCUACAAAAGUGUAAUGAUCAGGUGCAACAGCAACAACCUCAGCCCACCAUGACAUCAAACCUCGACUGUCGGGUUGGGAAUGGCAAAGACUAUCGUGGACAUAUUGCGACGACAGCUAAAGGCAAGACCUGCCAAGCCUGGGCAUCCCAGACACCUCAUGCUCAUACUUAUUUCACACCACAAACUUACCCAAAUUCCGGUCUGGACAGAAAUUAUUGCAGAAAUCCAGAUGGUGAUGUUAAUGGCCCUUGGUGCUAUACUACAGACCCUAGUAAGAAAUGGGACUAUUGUGACAUCCCACAGUGCUCUCCUUCUGAAUUUGAAUGUGGAAAAGCCAAAUAUAAGCCACUCCUAUGCUUUGGAAGGGUUGUUGGUGGGUGUGUUUCAAAUCCUCAUUCUUGGCCCUGGCAGAUUAGCCUCCGAAGGUUCAACAUGCACUUUUGUGGAGGUACUUUGAUAGAUCCACAGUGGGUUGUCACGGCCACUCACUGCUUAGAACGGUCAUCAAAAGCUUCUUCUUACAAAGUGGUCCUUGGAGUGCACACAGAGAGGGCUGCAGAGACAUCUAUGCAAGAACGGGUUGUCAAGGACAUGUUCAAAGAACCAAGUGGGGCAGACAUUGCCUUGCUGAAACUGAGCAGGCCUGUAGAACUCACCAAUGAGGUAAUACCAGCAUGCUUGCCUCCAGCCAAUUCAAUGGUAGCAAACAGAGCAGAAUGUUAUGUCACCGGAUGGGGGGAUACAAAAGGAACUGGAGGCGCAGGCUUUCUUAAAGAGACUGGAUUCCCUGUGAUUGAAAACAAAGUGUGUAACCGCCCUGAACAUCUGAAUGGCAGAGUCAGGAACACAGAACUCUGUGCGGGUAAUAUUGAUGGUGUUUCUGAUAGUUGUCAGGGUGACAGUGGAGGGCCUCUGGUCUGUGAAGAGCAAGGAAAAUACAUCCUUCAAGGUGUAACCUCCUGGGGUCUUGGCUGUGCCCAGCCCAUGAAACCUGGAGUUUAUGUUCGUGUAUCUCAAUAUAUUCCAUGGAUUGAAAGAACAAUGCGUCUUUAUGCAUGAUCCCUUGUUGAGUGCAAUGUCCACAGAGGGCAAAGGGAUUCCAAAUGCAAUGUUAUGAAAUAAUUUACAUGAAUGUAAAAUUAGUAUCUUGUACAUCCUGUAAGCUGCACAACCAGGUUGGCUCGUUUUGUUGUCUCGUUGCAACAUUGUAUUUUACACAAAACACUUAUUUGUGAGGUGCUUUUGCUUGUUGAAUAAUGGGCCAAACUAGAUGUGACGAGAUCUGUGAAUAGGAUCACAUUCUAAAUGGGUUGAUAUUAGCAUCUGUUGGAGGGUGGAGAUAACAUAUAGAUUCUUUAUGAGUACCUGUAUGUUUUGGCCCAUGGAACAAAUAGUAGCUCGGAGGGAUUUUCACAGGAAGAUGGCAUGAAGAAACCCACACUACCACAGUUCCAAACCAACCCCUAACCACAGUGUUUGCCAGUAACCCCUAAACAUUUAGAAGAUCCUACUCACAGAUCUCUCCUCUCCCAUCUAUUCUGGUCCUUAGCUGGAGCACAUACUUUACAACUUCACUGAAUGCCAUAGCAAAUAAAAUAAAUUGUUCUUAAAUUUGUUGUCUUCUUUCAUAUGUGGUGGUCCUGUGGGAAGGCAAAGGAUUUCUGGGAUAUGAUAUAUAAUGAGUUGAAGAAAAAUUUUAAAAUGACAUUUCCUAAGAAAGCAGAAUCCUUCCUGCUGGGAAUAACGCAAGGAGAGUUUUCCAGAAGGAAUUUAACAAUCUUUAUGUAUGCAACCACGGUGGCUAGAAUAGUAUAUGCGCAGAAAUGGAAGAACAAUGAAAUGCCCUCAAAAGAUUGGCUGAUAAAAACUUUGGAAUAUGCUGAGAUGGCAAAACUUACAGUACUGAUAAGGGAUGAAAACCUGGAAUGUUUUAAAGAAGAUUGGAAACCAUUCUUACUAUACUUAAAGAACUAUUUCUCUAAUAUUGAUUUUUCAGCAGGGCUUGAAAUUUAGUAAUAGCAGCAGGUUGAGUAGAGUAAAAUCGAGUUUGUAAGGUAUAGGAUAUAUGUUUUGAAUUACUAUAGCAAUGGUUGAAUUGUAUAAUUAGUGAUUCGCACAGAUUGGCAAGUGGGUAGUCAACAUUUGUUUAAAUGGAGAUUGUUAAGAUAUUGUAAAAACCAAUAAAAUUUUAAAAGCAAAAAAAA